CUUCAAACGCGCGAUAGAUGUCAGCCAUUGGUCCGCAAACUUACACUUUUGCUAUCGUGUGUCCCUUCAGUCGGCAUACGAUUGGUUCGAAGUUUCGAUCGUGUGGUUAGUCUUCGCGCUCUUUCUUCACACAAACCGAUCGUUCGAUUCAUUGAAUUGAGAGAAAGCCUUAGAGAGGAAGACAUUAUCGAAAGUAUCCCUCAAUUGAGACAUCGAUUAGACUUUCAAUACAAACGACUCGUGAGAAUGACAUCCAAACCGAAGAGUGAAGGGUUUGUGGACUACAAGAAGAUGAGCGCCGAAGACUUGGCGGCCGAAAGACAUCGCGCGUACCGAAUGCUGACCGAAGCGAACCGAUUGCUUGAUAUCGCGAAACACCGAAUGCAACACUUGGAAGAGCGCGACCGCGUGUCCAGCGCUCAGCUCAUCCGAUAUCGGGAUCUGUUGCCCAAAAUCAAGUCCAAUGUGUUUGAGAUGAAGAAUCUGAUGGAAAACAAGGACUCAGACGCUGGCGAUCGACACCAAACUCUUGUUAAUCAAUUGGUGUCUCUCUUCGAGGACUUCGACGCCGACGUCAAGCAAUAUGAGGAAUCCAAUGCAGAAGUGUUGCAACGAAUCGCCGCUAUUGAGGACAAGACACAAGAGAAAUGAAUGGACACAAGAAUCGCAUCCAUUAUUACAUUACAAU